AUUAAGUUUAUAGCUAUGGAAGAAAAAGUCAGGCAUCUACAAAAGACCUUCAAAACAUUCCAGUGUGUCUGUCUGGAUUUAUACUCAGUUGAGAAGUGUAAGACAUCAUCAUUAUCAUGACCACUUUUUGUUUGCUGCAAAUUAGCCUUGUGUUGCUGUGCACCACCAAAAUCUCAACUCUGGAUUGUAAUACUCUUCCCCUUCUGCACAACAAAGUGAUCCAGGGGAAUUUACACCUUCUGAACAAAAUGGGUCAACAAUUUCCUGAGCAGUGUCAAAGUGAGAAAAUGCACUUCAAGUUCCCUGAGCAGUUUCUAAAGCUGAGACAGAAAGAGAAUGCCAAGGUGGAAAUCCAGGAGAUCCUGCAACAGACCUUCUAUGUCUUUACCAAAAAUCUAACCUUAGCUGCCUGGGAUGGAAGAGCUCUUGAAAGAUUCCAAAAUAGACUUAAUCAGCAAAUUGAGCAUCUGGAAGCAUGUUUGACAGAGAAGAUGGAGAAGAAACAACCCUACUCAAGGAAGGAGGAAAUCAUUAGACUGAAACUGAAAAAGUACUUCCAAAAGAUAGAUAAUUUUCUAAAAGACAAACAAUACAGCCUGUGUUCCUGGGAGAUCAUCCGCCUGGAAAUGAGGAGAUGUCUUCAGUUUAUUGACAAAGUUAUAAGAAGGCUUAGAAACUAA